GGAAUCCUCCUGCGUAAAACUGGGGGCGCAAUCACCACCCAUCGUGUCUCAGGCUAAUGCCGUAUUCCUGAUCAUCUUCAAUUUCCGUUUCACAGUCUCAGCCUCACAGGAUAUUCUCGACUUUGCCUGUGUUUCCUUAAACGAAUCCCAUGCCUAGCCGAAUCUGGUAUUUCUGUACACCUGUCAUCGCUGCUUCAGUUGGCACGCAUUCUCGAACCAGAUCGUAAACCUCGCUCCUUUCCUUCUCGCCUGUUCCUUUUACCCCGGCUCGUACUCCGCGCCUGCGCUGCGAAUUCCUGUCUCCGACGAUCACGAACUUUGAAGGGAGACACCGCCAACACUUGCCCCAUUCCGCAGACGUACUUCACCCUCCAUGGCGACAGACAAUGCUCCUGCGCCGGGCAGGCCGAAAGUGCCUGGAUUCACCGAAUCGUUCUGGUCUUCAGAUUACGCCGGUGGCUUGGGGGUGCUGUUUCAGAAACUGCAGCAGGGUGUCAUCGAGAACAACCAGAUCCUGACAAUUGCAAGCAUGAGAGCAGAUGCGGAAGAGUUGUACAGCGAUCGGUUAGGAGAUAUUGCGCCCUCCGUAGAUCGAAUGACCGGAGGCUUCGCACGGGAUGAUGGCGCAAGCGUUCGAAAGGCUUUUGAAGGGGUCCGAAGUGAGAUGGUAGAAGCCACCAAGAACCACAAGAAGAUCGCCGAUAAUAUUCGCGAACUGGUAGUCAACCCUUUCUCCAGAUGGUGCGAUGCACACGCGACGAGAAUCUCGAAUUCGCAGGAGGAUCUGCAGUCCAAAAUCAAGGCACACGACAGGCAAGCGGACCUGGUCAAGAAGUUGCGGAGUCAGUAUUUCAACAAGUGCAGAUUGGUGGAAGAUCUCGAGGAGGAGAACAAGUUGGCAUUUCAGGAUCAUGCAAAUGGCAGUCCCAAACCACAAAGCCCGCCGCCGCCGAAGAUAGUCCUUCCCGAAGACGAAUUCGAUGAGCUGCCCGUGGAGAUUGGAGAUGAAACGUACUCGCCGGAUCGGCUCAAGACGUUACUUACGGACAUGCUUGAGAAGAUCCCGCUUAGCGAAUUCAAGGUGCCCAUACUAGGGGUCUAUCAAAAUGUGUCUGCCGGUACGGACAUUGUUGAAUAUAUUCAAAAGCACAUGAAAGCUUCAAGCGUGGGAUAUGCGGAAAAAAUUGGUCAAGACCUGGUGGACCGCGGGCUCUUGCGGUUGAUUGGUAAUAUGGGGAACACAUUCGCCAACAGUUCGCGGAUGAAGUAUCAAUGGAAGACGAGAGUGUUCCAGAUCACUGGUGUGCCGGAGAAGAAGAAGCCUCUCGGCAGGUCGAUAACGGGAUCAUCGCAGGACGGGGUUCUCGAAUCACCCACUAUCGGCAACAUUACGGAAGCCAUACAAGGCUGGAACCCAUUAAACAAUGCUCAUCCGAACGAGACACCUGCCGAACGGUUAAAGCGUGAGGCAAAGGAAGCAGACGAGAAAUAUAAGGCGGCCGUCCGCAAACUCGAUUUACUACGAUGCAACCUGGAGGAGUCGAUGAUGGACCAUCUAAAAUUCCUCGAAAGAUGUGAGACCGACCGAUUGAGAGCGAUCAAGUCGGUGAUCUUGGAUUUCUCAGGUGCAAUUAGCAACAGCAUUCCCUCCUUCCAGAGUCAAGUUGACCAUAUGAUGCUCUACCAGGAGACGAUCCAACCAUUAGGAGACUUGAGAUACCUGCUGGAGAACUACAGAACGGGAGCUUUUGUGCCAAAAGUGGUGCCAUAUGAGAACUACUAUGGCAGCGUGGAGGAUCAGACAUUCGGUGUUGAUCUAGAGGCAAGAGCAAGAGCAGACAGGAAAAGAGUGCCGAUCAUUGUGACUUCGAUACUGACAUUCCUGGAUAGCCACUAUCCUGAUCUGGAGGGCGACGAAGCACGGAGAAAUGUUUGGCUGGUGGAUGUUCCACUGGCGGCGACACAUCAUCUGAGGAAUCAGAUCAACAAUGGGGCUCCAGUGCCGAGAGAGAUCCUUGAGAAGUAUGAGGUACCUAUAGUCGCCAGUGUACUCAAACUGUACCUUCUCGAAUUGCCUGAUUCUCUUGUCUCCUCACAGGUCUACGAAAUCAUCAAAACGAUAUAUGCCACUACGUCUGAUGCCGCACCAAAUCCGAUCUCAACCGACUCGGUAGAUUCGGCACCGCGCAUCAAGGUUCUGCAAUCAACACUCGGCCAACUUCGCCUUAAUAACAUCGCCACACUUGAUGCUCUUGCCACACAUUUUACACGACUAAUUGACCUCACUUCUGCUGACGAAGCAUAUGUUACAGCUCUUGCUCAAUCAUUAGCGCCUUGUAUACUACGACCAAGAACCGAGAACUCCCUGACUCUGGAAGAACGACACGCAUAUCGACUAAUUCGAGACUUAUUCGAUCAUAAAGAAGCCAUCUUUGGUGAGCUUAAACGUCAAUCGUCCACAAGCUUAUCAACCCGCCAAAGAGCCGUCAGCACAAACGAUGAGCGAUCAAGGAGAGCAAAUAUGGAAGAGCGAGCACGAGCCAUUACUGAACAGCGACAACGAGACAAGAGCCCAGGCCCAGCAAAUCGUCAUAGACGGGACAAGAGCACCGAUGGGAGCAUUGGGCGCUUUCCGGUCGUUGCCAGCCCGAGGCCUGAACAUGGAAGAAAUGUAAGCGGCGUUGGGCUGCCCUCAAAACGGACAAGCCUGGAGGUUCCGGGCAGUAAUGAAGGCUCGCCAGUUCAAGCCCGAACCCAGAAUCAAUCCGCGGUGGAUAGAAAUUCCACGACGACUGUACAGCCGGGGACCGGCAUGAACGGCCAGACCCAUGGACAAGGCGAGGUAUCACCGGACAUCAUGAACUUGCCAAGCACAUUCUCGGGAGGUGGCCCUGGACCGCAUAUCCCGCCACCUCUGGACGAUGAUAGCCAGGACUCGGACUCAGGCCCUCAGCCAGCACAGAAAGAAUCAGAUGGAGGAUCAAGAGCAGGCAGCCUGAAGAGAAAUGCCGCAGGCAGUGGACGAAAACCGGUGGGUGGAGGAGGCAGUCUGAGCAGGCGAAGCUACCAGGCAUACGAGGGCCAUCCCAGCCAGAGUCAGAAUCAGGGGGUCCAGUUGACGGACAGGCCGAUGGAUGACUUCUCAUGAUCCCUGGAGAACCCAGAACCCCCUGACCAAAGCAUCAGGAACUAACUAUAUGAUACCCAAAACCAACGGGCACUUGGCAGCGCUGCCUCUGGAAGUGUGACAAAUUGAAAGGCGCUCUCGGGCAGGCAAGCAGCGACACACUCCUGCACCAACGAUGGAAACGUAGCCGGCAAUAUACUGUGGAAUAUGUAUGAGUAUCCAGAUUUGAUGGGCGUCUACUUCGUACAAGAUUUCCUUUUGGCCACUCUCUUGACAGGAUUUAGU